CACGCGCGGCCCGGACAGCAGCAGGACCAUGCCCCGGGAGGAGUGUCAAGUUUCAAGCUUCUCUGAUAGACGCCGGUGUAUUGUCUGUGGCUGCACAGUCGAGCGGAACUGCUGCGUGUUGACAUCGUUACUCUGGAAUGUUCCGUGAAGAGUUGAGCUGAAGUGAUUCGCCGCGCUCCCAGAGUCAUCUCCUGUGAUCAUGCUGGGCGUUUUGCUAAGUCUUCUGCUGCUGUCAUCAGGAGUUCACGGUCAAGGCCGACUGAAGUUAACGGUGCUUUCUGAGGACAGGCUGCAGAUGAAAUGGAAGGAGGCUGAAGGACCCAUCCAGGGCUACAAGGUCAGAGUAAAACCCAUCUCAGAGGUGCCCCAGCCAGAGCUGAUGCUCACCACUGUACGAGGCCGAGCCACAGUGGCAGGGCUGGACUCCAGUCAGGAAUAUGCCCUUCAAGUCCUUGUCCUCAACGGGACCACAGAGAAGCUUCUGGUCAAACGCAAGUUUACAAUGGACAGUCUGCGGGAAGAGGAAAUGAUCCGCAGUGGCAGCAAGGAGCACAAGAAGAAGUUAUUGCCAGGUGGAUCUGGAUCAGGAGACUUGGACGAUGUUACAGAGGACCCGCUGAGUCUGUCCACGGUUCUCUAUCCGGGCACCAGGACCACCACUGCUGCGGCUACCACUGAUGCAGAGUCGCCAGCUACUGCGCCACCACCACUUCUACCUGACGAAACAUCUGAGAAAUCCAACCGUGAGAAAAGGAAGAAGAAGAAAGAACGGGAUCGUUCUAAAGGGGAGAGCAAAGAAGAGCAGGGGACGACGGAGGACAAACCCCGAAAGACGCCAUUCACAACGCAGCCUGGUGUUUCUCCGAGGAAGCCAUACGAGUGUGACACCAAUGCGGCAGCAGAAAUCAUGCUGCUGGUGGACGGUUCCUGGAGUAUCGGACGGGCCAACUUCAGGCGGGUUAGAGACUUCUUGGAAGGCCUUAUGACCCCUUUUCAGAUUGGUCCUGACCACAUUCAGAUUGGCCUGACACAGUACAGCGGAGACCCCCGCACUGAGUGGCACCUCAACAACUUCACCACCAAAGAGCAGAUGCUGGAGGGCGUCAGGAAUUUCAGAUAUAAAGGAGGAAACACUUUUACUGGUCAGGCACUGAUCCAUGUGAUGGAGGAGAACCUGUCCCCUGAGGCCGGAGCAAGGAUGGACACGCCAGUUUUCCUGGUGCUCCUCACGGACGGUAAAUCUCAGGAUGAUGCCAUCGCAGCAGCCAGUCGCCUGAAAAACGCGGGCGUGGAAAUCAUCGCUGUAGGGGUUAAAAAUGCUGAUGAAGCAGAGUUGAGACAGGUGGCAUCAGAACCAGUGGAUCAGAAUGUUUUCAACGUCAAUGACUUCCCUCUGCUCAGCAAACUGGUGGCUCGACUGGUCCACAUCCUUUGUGGGAGGAUAGAGGACCGGGGCGUCGUCAAACGAAUGGAGCCCGGUCCCACGUUGGAUCCUGUCCUCUCCUUCCCCAGUCCCACCGACCUACGCUUCUCCGACCUGGGCUCCAGAGAAGUGAAGCUGCACUGGACAAGUCCUGACAAAAAGGUCCAGCAGUACAGAGUGGUGUACUACAGUGCAGAGAGCCAGAGUCCUCAAGAGGUGGUUCUGGCUGGUUCUGAGUCCUCUGUGCUGCUGCAGAGUCUCUCCUCCCACACCCUCUACCACGUGUCCGUCUUCCCUGUGUAUGAAGCUGAUGUCGGCCUGGCUCUCAGAGGAACAGUUACCACAUUACCUUUGGCCAUGCCAGAGAACCUGGAAGUGACUCCUUCCUCCUACAGCUCGCUCAGAGUGAGUUGGAAAGCAGCCGCGGAUGCGACGCAGUACAUGAUCCUCUACUCUGCUCUCAACCAUGGAGAGCCUGAUGAUGCCAAAGAGGAGAAAUUUGACGCCGACCAGACUGUGGUGGAGCUGAACGGGCUGCUGCCUUCGACUGACUACUCUGUUACACUUUAUGCUCUGUACGAUGAGGAGCCAAGUGAUCCAUUCACGGCUGUGGCCACUACAUUCCCUCUCCCUCCACCAUUGAGCGUCCACUUCCCGAUGGUCAGCCACAGUGGGCUUAGAAUCAGUUGGGUCCCAGGAGACGCAGAUGUCCCGGGUCACAGAAUCACCUACAGCACCAACCAUGGCAGUGAGGUGAAACAGGUCGAAGUGACUGGGCUGAACUCUGUACUGGUACAGAACCUGUCGUCCUUGUCUCGAUACCUGGUUUCAGUUCAGUCUCAAUACCCUCAAGGCCUUUCGGCAGCGCUCACCAGCAACAUCACCACAUUGAAGGUGCCGUCGCCGUCGGACCUCCGGGUUACAAACUUCUCUGGCAGCGACAUCACAGUGCGAUGGCAACCUGCAGCCGAUGACGUCGUGUCCUACUUGAUCAAAUGGAUUUCCCUCAGUGGAGGCGACCUGAGACAGCUGAAAGUGAAUGGGGAAAGCGAGGGGGCGAUCCUUGAGGGGGUGGAGGACAACAAGGAAUACCAGAUCUCUCUGUCUGCUCUCUUUGGAGACGGAGCCCAGAGUGAAGCUGUGGCCACACGCUACAGCACCUUGUCUGGGGGCGGUCCAUCCAGCGUCUCCGUGUCUGAGGAAACCCCUGUCAGCUUGACCGUCAACUGGAUUCCCCCGAACGCUCACGUCCUGCAGUACCGCGUGUCCUAUACCUCACUGAUGGGAACUGAGAACCAGGACAGCACCGUGUUGGUUCCUGGAACAGAAAAGCGUGUGGUGUUGGAGCCACUUCAGCCUGACACACGCUACAGCAUCCUGGUCACUGCAGAGUACCGGAGCAGAGAAGGAGGCAGUGGCUCCACGCAGGGGAAGACUGCCAGUCUCCGGGUCAGUAGUGUGAGCGUGGUCCGCUCUGACCACUCAAGCAUCUGUGUGUCGUGGAGGCCAGUGUCUGUCGUUGAUGGGUAUCGGAUCGUGAUCCAGUCUGUCAAAGACAAGCAAACAAAGGAGGAAAUAGUGGAUGAAACCAGCAGCAGCCACUGUUUCUCUGAUCUGCAGCCUGAGACGCUCCAUCGCAUCAGUGUGCACUCUCUUCUCGGAUCAGCAGAGGGCGCUGCUGUUACCAUCUUGCACCCAACAGCCACCGCUCCUGCUAGAAUUCCAAUUAAUCCACGGGUGUAUUCAGUCCAUAACGAAGUGUGUCCUGAAGUCACCAUCCGAAACAGCAUUGUAAAAGGUUUCGACAUGAUGGAGGCUUUUGGUCUCACGCCGCGAGCUCACUCGUCUGUGGAGGGUGUGGCAGCCGAACCUUUUGUCUUCAACACUCUCCCUACUUUCACCGUCUUCAGAGACAUUCAGCUGACACAAAGCACCAAGUUCAUACACCCAGCUGGUUUCUCUCCAGAACACACCAUCAGCAUCUCCUUCCGCAUGUUGCAGGAAACCCCCAGAGAACCCUUUGCUGUCUGGCAGCUCACGGAUGUUGACUUUCAGCCCAAGAUGGGAGUUGUUCUUGACCCUACAACCAAGCACCUGGUGUACUUCAGUCUGGAUUAUAGGGGGGAGGUGCAGGAGUUGACCUUUGACCAGCGCCAGGUCCACAGGCUCUUCUACGGUAGUUUCCACAAGAUUCACCUGACAGUCACUCAGGUCAGUGUCGCCUUGUCAGUGGACUGCCAGCGCGUAGGGGAGAGACCCGCUCGUCCGCUCGGCACCCUGCCCACCGAUGGCUUUGAGAUGCUGGGGAAGCUGGUGAAAACCAGAGGACCCAACAGCGGCUCUGCUCCGUUCCAGCUGCAGUCCUUCGAGAUCGUCUGUAACACCACCUGGGCUUCUGAGGACACAUGCUGCGACCUGCCAGGAGUGAGAGACGAGGAGAGCUGCCCCCCUCCAGCGUACUCCUGCACGUGUUCUUCAGACAUCCCCGGAGCCCCUGGUGCCUCUGGACCAACUGGAAAACCAGGUCCACGUGGUGAGAAAGGUGAUAAAGGAGAGCAAGGCCAGAAGGGUGAGGUGGGUCCUCCUGGUAAGACAGGGUUUGAGGGAGGUCUGGGUCCGGUGGGAGACAGAGGCCCCAGAGGAAUGGUCGUGCAAGGCAAGGCAGGUCCACCGGGUGCCAGAGGAGAAAAGGGAGAUCCUGGGAGACCAGGAGUUCAGGGCUUACAGGGACCGUUAGGUCCGAAGGGGGAAGAGGGCCCCCCCGGACCCAAGGGUAUUCGAGGCGUGGAAGGGAACAUGGGACCCCCAGGCGCCACUGGAGACAGGGGUUUCCAGGGUAUGCCGGGUCACCCGGGGCUCAUGGGUGAAAGGGGCUACAGCGGACCAGUGGGGCCGACGGGUCUGCCUGGGAACAAAGGAGAAAGAGGCGAAAAGGGGGAACCUCAGUCCAUAGCACUGAUCUACAGGCUGGUCACAGAGGCAUGUGAACACCUCGUACACAAGGAGGCGUUAAAACUGGACACGUUCAUCGAUGAGUUGAAUAAGAAACCAGCUCCCAUCGAGGAGCCGGUGGGGCCUCCAGGGGAGCCAGGAAUUCCAGGGUCCCGGGGUCCACCUGGAUCCAGGGGAAGCCAGGGUAAAGUUGGACCCAGAGGGAGACCCGGUCGGCCAGGAUACCCUGGGGAGCAGGGAAGAAGAGGUAUGUUGGGAGCAAAAGGAGAUGCAGGGGCCAAUGUCCAGGGGCCGACAGGAGUCAAAGGGUUUGCAGGUCCUGCAGGGGAAUCCAAACUGGGAACACCAGGACCCAAAGGAGAUGAAGGGAAGGCUGGGCCACCUGGAGUACCAGGCCCUCCCGGCCAGCAGGGUGAGAUCGGACCCCCUGGUGUGUGUGACAACAGUGGAGGCUGCCACCAGGCUCCACAGCAAACAGAUGACCCUUACUAUGGCUACCAGCCCUGAGCGGUCAGUCACCAGCCUCUAGCAAGGUGAGGAGACACGACUUCAAAACGCAUCUUGGCUUCUGUGGACCUGACCUGACCUGGGAUGGAGAACUUUCAAAAAGAACCAGCUCAAUGGCUGAACUGCGGCCAGCUGAUGAUGAUGGAAGACUGUUGCUGGGUGAUCACACAAGCGAGUGGUGCGGCCACUAGAAGUCUGUAACAAAGAGAGGUGCCACCAGAAAACCUUCCCCUGUGUGUCAAUGAUGUACUGUCGGAUAGUCGCAUUGAAAUCUGAAGUUACUGCUAUAUUGAUGUAACUGUGCACUGUAUCAAUGCCUUUGUUUGUAUUCCAUUUAUCCCCACUUUGUUAUUGUUUUUAACCUCAGCUGCCUCCGAAACGAUGAGCAAAAAAACAUCCCUGGUCGUUUCUAAAGAUACUGUGAGAUUGUUAAAAAAAAUAAAUAUAUAUUUAUAUAGUAUUUACAUAACCAUGAGUUUGCAGUGACUACUGUAUAUUUGUAUUCAUAUUGAUUUCUCUUAUUCUUUUUAUCAUGCCUUCAUUUCAGUGUGCCCGCAUGCAUGUGUGUGUGUGUGUGUGUAUGCGGAUGAGUGUGUGCGCUUGUGAAAGUUGUAAAUGUGGGCUUUUAUUUUGCAUUGUCUUCAAGAUGAAAAUAAAAA